AUCAACCCAACACGGCGUCCCCGUCCCGAGUCACCACCGACCCAAGCAAAACCGCACGCACCCUGCCAGCGGCCCCCCAACUCCCAACCCAACCCCUACUCCAGCUAGCUCGCGGCGGCGGCCAGCGGCCAUGGCCUUCCGGCUGAGCAACAACCUGAUCGGGGUCCUAAACUUCGUCACCUUCCUGCUCUCCGUCCCGAUCCUGGGCGCGGGCAUCUGGCUGGGCCACCGCGCCGACGGCACCGAGUGCGAGCGCUACCUCUCGGCGCCCGUCAUCGCGCUGGGGGCCUUCCUCCUCGCCGUCUCCCUGGCGGGCCUCGUCGGCGCCUGCUGCCGCGUCACCUGGCUGCUCUGGGCCUACCUCCUCGCCAUGUUCGUCCUCAUCCUCGUCCUCUUCUGCUUCACCGUCUUCGCCUUCGUCGUCACCAACAGGGGCGCCGGCGAGGCCGUCUCCGGCCGCGGAUACAAGGAGUACCGCCUCGGGGACUACUCCAACUGGCUGCAGAAGCGCGUCGAGAACACCAGGAACUGGGACCGGAUCAGGAGCUGCCUCCAGGACUCCAAGGUCUGCAAGAGCCUGCAGGACAAGAACGAGACCGUCGCCCAGUUCAUGAGUUCCAGCCUCUCCCCCAUCGAGUCUGGCUGCUGCAAGCCCCCCACCAGCUGCGGCUACACCUACGUCGGCGGCACGGACUGGACGCCGGUGACCACCAACUCGACGGACCCGGACUGCAAGACCUGGAGCAACGACGCCUCGGCGCUCUGCUACAACUGCCAGUCGUGCAAGGCCGGCGUGGUGGCCACGUUCCAGCGGAACUGGAAGCGCGUCGCCGUCGUCUGCAUCGUCUUCCUCGUCUUCAUCAUCAUCGUCUACUCCGUCGGCUGCUGCGCCUUCAGGAACAACCGCAGAGACAACGCCUACCGCGGCGGGUGGAAGGGCGGGUACGCUUGAUCCACCAUCGCGUCGUUUAGGAGCGGAGCCAUGCACGCGCGCUCGGUGCUCUGCUCUGCUCCCUGCCCGCCGCUGUCGUCGUACGUACAUGUUUAGUAGGCUCGUUGUAGCUCUGUACAGGUGAUGGAGAUCGUUGUUGCGGAUUCUUAUCGUCUUCCUGGUUACAUACUUACAUUAUUGUUAUGAUCUGAUCAGCGGUAGGUUUUGUAUACGCUGCUCAUUGAUUCGUCUGCCUGCUAUUUUCGUAUAUCGAUGCACUUGUUUUACCAGUUGCUUUCGUUCACGCUUUU